CAGCUGGUGUGUACAACCCGAAAAAGGCUCCCUUCGCCGUUUCCGCCAAAGCUGUCCUUCACAUGAAACAUGGCUUCUAUACGUUUGGCUUCAAGUCUCCUUUCCAAAAGGAUAUUAUCCUCCAAAACUAACGCUGCCUCUCUUGGUGCUACCAAAUGUUCCCGGGACUUUCAUUUUUCGAUUUAUGGCAAGAAGAACAAUGCCAAAGUGUCAAAUGAUAUUUCCACCCAGUACCCUGUGGUGGACCAUGAAUUCGAUGCAGUGGUCGUCGGGGCCGGUGGAGCAGGAUUAAGAGCAGCCUUCGGUCUAUCUGAGGCUGGGUUCAACACAGCCUGUAUAACCAAGCUCUUCCCAACCAGGUCGCACACAGUUGCUGCACAGGGUGGCAUCAAUGCAGCUCUUGGGAACAUGGAGGGUGACGACUGGAGAUGGCAUUUCUACGACACUGUAAAGGGAUCCGAUUGGCUUGGAGACCAGGAUGCUAUUCACUACAUGACAGAACAGGCCCCCGCUGCUGUAGUGGAGCUGGAGAACUUCGGCAUGCCGUUCAGCCGUACCGAGGACGGCAAGAUCUACCAGAGAGCCUUCGGGGGUCAGAGUCUCAAGUUCGGCAAGGGAGGCCAGGCCCACCGCUGCUGCUGUGUGGCCGACAGGACAGGACACUCCCUGCUGCACACGCUCUACGGACGGUCCCUGCGUUAUGACACCAGUUACUUUGUGGAGUACUUCGCCCUGGACCUGCUGAUGGAGGACGGCGAGUGUAAGGGCGUGAUCGCCCUCUGCAUGGAGGACGGCUCCAUCCACCGCUUCCGCUCCAAGAACACCGUCAUCGCCACCGGGGGUUACGGUCGCACCUUCUUCAGCUGCACCUCCGCCCACACCAGCACAGGGGACGGUAACGCCAUGGUGACCAGGGCUGGCCUGCCCUGCCAGGACCUGGAGUUUGUGCAGUUCCAUCCCACCGGUAUCUAUGGCGCGGGCUGCCUGAUCACAGAGGGUUGCCGUGGCGAGGGCGGAAUCCUUAUCAACAGCGAGGGGGAGCGCUUCAUGGAGCGCUACGCGCCCAACGCCAAAGACCUGGCCUCCCGAGACGUCGUCUCCCGCUCCAUGACCAUCGAGAUCCGAGAGGGCAGGGGGGUGGGACCCGAUAAGGACCACGUCCACCUCCAGCUGCACCACCUCCCGCCCCAGCAGCUGGCCACCAGGCUGCCGGGCAUCUCGGAGACGGCCAUGAUCUUCGCCGGGGUGGACGUCACCAAGGAGCCCAUCCCCGUGCUGCCCACGGUGCACUACAACAUGGGCGGUGUGCCCACCAACUACAAAGGACAGGUGAUCACUCACUCCGACGGCGUGGACCAUGUGGUGCCGGGCCUGUACGCCUGCGGGGAAGCGGCCUGUGCCAGCGUCCACGGGGCCAACCGCCUGGGCGCCAACUCGCUGCUGGACCUGGUGGUGUUCGGCCGAGCCUGCGCCCUCACCAUCGCCGAGGAGGACAAGCCCGGAGAGCAGCUGUCCCCUCUGAAGCCCAACGCAGGGGAGGAGUCUGUGGCCAACCUGGACAAGCUCCGCUACGCCGACGGAUCCAUGAGGACGUCGGAGAUCAGGCUCAACAUGCAGAAGACGAUGCAGAACCACGCCGCCGUGUUCCGUACCGGCUCCGUCCUGAAGGAGGGCUGUGACAAGCUGGACGCCGUGUACCAGACCCUGGACGACAUCAAGACCUUCGACCGAGGCAUCGUGUGGAACACAGAUCUGGUGGAGUCCCUUGAGCUGCAGAACCUGAUGCUGAACGCCACCCAGACCAUCCACGGUGCCGAGCAGAGGAAGGAGAGCAGGGGGGCACACUCCCGAGAGGACUUCAAGGACCGUAUGGACGAGUACGACUACACCAAGCCCCUGCAGGGCCAGGAGAAGAAACCCUUCGAGGAACACUGGAGGAAGCACACGCUUUCCUACGUUGACCCAAAGACUGGCAAGGUCACGCUGGAGUACCGCCCUGUGAUUGACGCCUCCCUGGACGAACAGGCUUGUGCUGCCAUUCCCCCCGCCAUCCGCUCCUAUUAAGCCCCCCCCCCCCCCACAAACACACAUCAUCCCUCCGCUUUGUCCUCAAGCACAGCAUCUCAUAACUCAACUACCUAUUCAGCUAUUAAACGUCCCUUUGGAAAUGUACUCCUGAGCUAACUUAUGAUUUUGCUUUAAUUUUUGCUCCUACUCUUUGACGGUUUGUAUCAUUCUGAUAUAUAUGCCUUUUUAAUUUAAAAGCUUUCAGCGGCAGAUACUGAAAUGGUAAACAGUGGAACGGUAUUCAUCUUUGAUUCGUUAAUCUACCAUUGAUCGUGAAUGGUAGACACAUCAGCUGUUUUUGUAAGGUGUUGGUUUCCUUUGAUUUGCUGUUUCAUGGACAGGGAUUGCUAAUAACAUCUUGCCAAUGUUUGUUCUUUGAAAUGCACGCUGAUGGUGUUGUGAGUAUUGUUGAUUUAGUGUAAAUAUCUGACGUAGUGUCAUAUGACAAUGUAGGGGGUAGAUUUCUCUCAGUCACUAUUAUUGCCUUCUGUGCGUUGUGUAACGCAACAAAUUGCUGUGCAUGCAUGCUCUAAGGGACAACAAGCUCAUUGUUGAUAUAUAUAUAUAUAUAAAAUAAGACUUUGUUUUGACAUUAUAUAAACAAGUUGUGUUAAUGUCUGAAUUACAUUUUUUUGUCUGGCAUGUUGAUUAUUUCUUCGCAAAUAUUUGUACUUAAAUGUUGAAUAAAGGGAACCCUACACUUUGA